AUGUAUAAAGUCCAGUUCCUUCCGGAUGUUCAAAAAGAUAUUCUUAAAGUAAAAAUUAAGAUCCCCUUUCCGCUGACUGCGCCGGACUAUUCCACAGAUCUUGAAUCCCAGCUCCGCUCUAGUCUGUUUUCAGGAUACGAGGUGCUACAGCGACCAGACAAGAAUGUACAGGUUCGGGUCUCCAUCACUCUCCUGACCGUUAACGAACUGAACAUCAAAGACCAGGCGCUGUCAAUCACUGCCUACUUUUCAGUGUCAUGGAAGGACUCACGUUUGAUGUGGGUCACCAAUUCCAACUACAGCAACGUAAUGUUCCUCUUCAGUUCAGAGACCUAUGUAUGGAGGCCCGCUCUCAUCAUAGACAACGCGGUAGAUGACCUAAUGGUCAUAAGUGACCGAAACAUACCUAUCCGGAUUACAUCAUUGGGCCUCUUGCAUUGGAACCCAGCAGGCGUGUAUACUGUAGAAUGUAACUCGGAUAUCACUUACUAUCCUCUUGACAUUCAGACGUGCACAUUGUCUCUCAGCUCUUGGGGAUACACAAGCAACGAGAUAAGUUUAGUGUAUGACACUGAUUAUGGGCCUGGCAUAGACAUCGACUCCUACAGUGAAAAUGGCGAGUGGGAUCUCGUCUCCAGUUACGCGGAAUCGAAUGUUGAAAGCAAAACACGUGGAUCACAAACAUUCUCAAACGUGAAGUUUUCCAUCGUUCUGAGGCGCAAACCGCUCUUUCAUCUUCUCAACACGAUAUUUCCUGUUGCAUUGAUGGCGUUCUUAAGUGCAAUGGUGUUUAAGUUACCACCCGACUCCGGAGAGAAGAUCGGCUUUUCUCUCACCGUAUUAUUAGCGUAUGCUGUGUACUUGACUUUGAUCUCCGACAACAUCCCAAGUACUUCUGUAACCGUCUGCUACUUGUCUAUCUACUUGGCGAUGAUCUUGACCUUUGGGUCUAUCUCUGUGAUUUGUACAAUCCUAGUCCUUAACUUCCACCACCGCUCCAACGAGACAGAACCCAUUCCGAGAUGGCUGCAGAUGUUUGUCUUCUGCGUGGUUGCUAAGGUCGUUUGCUGGAAGGGGCAUUGCUGCUGUCGAAAAAGAAGUGUUGGUCCUCUCUCCGAAAGCACCGAGGCCCAAGCUACACCAAUAAAACAUAUCAAUAUCGAAGGCAACGAGAAUGUCAAUACUGUCGCAAAAAUCUCCAAGGAAAACGACGACGACUUCGACGAGAUUGAUGAUGUCACCUGGCAAGAUAUUGCCGGAAUCUUGGACAAGUUUUUCUUUUUCGUAUUCAUGGUGUCAAUUGGUCUGUCCACCAUCAUCAUCUUCUCACUGCUGAUGAACAACUACUUGGAAGCUUAUUGA